AUGGCAUUUGCAUUUAAACGCAAUGGUCCAACAGCGCUAGCUGCAAUAUGUUUCUUUCUUGGUACUACCUUGCUAUUUUAUUUCAUGAAUUUAAAGAAUCCUCAACCUUAUAUGGAUGAAAUAUUUCAUGUUCGGCAGGCUCAGCAUUAUUGUAGGGGCAAUUGGGACUGGGACCCUGCUAUUACUACACCGCCUGGUCUUUACCUGUUGUCGUUGGUCUUAAGUCCCAUCUUGGGAUGCAGUGUCGGAGCGUUACGCUUUGUUAACGCCGCUGCUCUUGUUCUUAUUGCACCUGUAGUGCUAUUCGAUAUCCUCAAACAACUACAUCCUCAAUCAUCCAAUAAUGCAUUGAUCAUGCGAACUCUUUCAAUGUGUUCCUUGCCUCCAUUAUGGUUUGUUUCGGGAUUGUAUUAUACCGAUACAUGGAGCACGGUAUUGUUUUUACAAUCCCAAGAUGAUUGA